ACUAGGGGUCUGUGUAUCCUUUGGAGCCAAGGACUAGAACUGAUAUGCGAGACUUCUACCAACUGAGGGUCUCAUGAGCACGGUGCAUAGUCAGUCUCUCACUGUGCUACUGUAUCUUAGCCAUUGCUUUUGAUCAUGAUUGUGCUUGGCUGGAUGCUUUUUGUUGGAUUUGCAUGUUACAUGGGCACAUUUCCAGAGUUCACGCCUCCAACCCUCAAGUGGAAAGAGAAGCGGUCUGUUCAGGCGAGCAAGGCACGAGCGAGGAGUCGGGCUGUGGAUGAAGAUCUGCUUCUGGACAAUGUGGAAGGGAUAUAGGUAUCCUCCAGGAGGGACCCCAGUGGAAAUAAGCGAGGACGAUCCUGGUGAAAUGAUGCAGCUCUGAAGCUCACCCUGACCAAGCUGUACAGUUCCUGUUGUUGGUUUCGCAUAAAGUCACUGCACCAGA